AUGAGUUGGCGAUCGCAGGCUGACUUGUGGGCCCCUGAUGACUUCCACUUCGACCUUCCAGCAGAUCAGGCGACCCUCUUCCCUUCAAACUUGCCCGGGUUUGAUAGUGUCUCAUUUCAAUUGCCGGAACCUGUGUCCAGCUCGACCAAACCUCCAAUUUCCCGAGAAGUCAAUGGAGGGGAAAAUUCGAUGCGGCUGAAAGCCGAGGAGCCGCGACUUCCGAAAGUUCCAAUACCCCGAGCCACAAAUCAAAUGAACGCUGUCACGCCUGGCCGAGUAAAACAGGAGUGCCAGUCUUGCCGAGAACAGAAGGUGAAGUGUAGUGGUCAUAGGCCUGAAUGUCGUAGAUGCGAAGAGAAUUCCUUUUCCUGCGUCUAUGAAGAUCGCAAGCGGUUCAAGAUGAUCAAACAACUUGAUAAUCUUGCAAACCAAGUCCAAACCUACGAAUCUCUAUUACGAGAAAUCUAUCCCAAGCUUGGCUUUGAGGUUGCCAACAGCGUUGAUCAUGUUUUCGGCUAUAAUUUUCAUAAUCAUCGCCCCCUGGAGAAAGAUAUCCUUUCAUCAUCUAAACAUCCAGCUCACGUAUUUCAUGAAACUGAUUGCCAUGAUGACUCCAACGCGUCUUUUCCUGCCGUUGUUGCUGACUGCACCACUGAGGAUUACAAUCAGAAGAGGGAAAACCUGCCAGUGAAAUAUGUGGGCGACCACUCACUGAUGAAGUGGCUGUACAGACUGAAGUGUCAUCUUGAUGAUACUAACCGAAACUCUGAUGUCCAAGAAGAUUCUUACGACAAUUUUGACCGAGGCAAACUUUCUUCUGUGUACUAUUAUUUGGAUGACGUGAAGCUUCGGUUCCCAGAGGAUGUGGACAUCUCGCAACGGCCCCCACAAGCAAUUGCUGACCACCUGAUUUCGGCUUAUUUUGGCGUUACGCACGUAUACUUCCCCUCCAUCAGGAAAGAAAUUUUUUUAAGUCAGUAUCGAUCAUUUUAUUCUGAUCAAACAGCAAAACCAGGGAGAAGAUGGUUGGCUAUCUUCAAUUUGAUUCUAGCUGUCGCAGCAGGGCAGCCUUGUGCGAUGAGCAAGGAAAGUCUACCUGAGUUCCCAGAAAAUCAGAAAGGCAACGCACAUAGCACUUUUUUUGGACGUGGGUGGAGUUUGGCCUUGACCGACUCUCUGUUGGAACCUUCAGAUCUUCAACAGGUGCAGGUGGAGGCGUUGGCAUCCCUCUACCUGCUUUCCGUUGGACAUGCAAAUAGGUUAGUUAUUUUGAUCCUGUCUAUACCGGUUGUUAUUAUGGAUGGUGCCUAA